AAAUUAAACCUAUCUAAAAAAUAGAGUUUUUGUGUGACUUUCAGCAAUGUUUUGAUUGCCAGCGAGUAAGAUCACUUCCGGUACACGAACACGUCACCGAGCAAUAUGGCGGAGUGCGAAAACGAAGAUAACAGUUGGCAUGCAGAACUAGAGGCAGCCCUGCUGGAGGGAUGUGACUUCGGGACGUUGAGAAACAUCUGCCAAGGGCGACAGAUUCCCAAUCAGUACAGUACAACAAGUUGGAAGAUAUGUUUAAAUGUGGCGGGCAAAGGUGAUGCUCUAUCCUCCUUCGAUGGCAUCUUUGAUUUGCCGGAGCAAGAACUUCUCAGAAAAGACUGCAAGGAAUUUAUUGAAAAGUUUGACAACUCAGAUGAAGAGAAGCUGUCCUUGUCCAGCGACUUGGAAUCAGUUAUCACAUUUUACUGCAAGUCCAAGAAUGCUAAAUACGAGCACAACAAUGGCUGGCUGGACGUAUUGGGACCCCUGGUGGCGCUUCGCAUGGAGCGCGCUGACCUGUACAACUGCUUCUAUGCUGUUAUGAGUAAAUAUGUACCCAAAGACAGCAGUAAAGACAGUAAGAUGUACCAACUCUUCAGGCUACUCCUCAUGUACCAUGAACCGCAACUCUGUAACUUCCUCGACACCAAAAAGAUAUUCCCUGAUGCCUACACGUCAGUAUGGUUUUCUAGUUUAUUUGCCAGCAAUUGUUCCCUGGAGGUCCUGCAGAUCAUGUGGAGUCUGUACUUCCUCCAAGCCGAUGCAUUCCUCUCAUUCUUCCUUGGUCUGAUCAUCCUAGUCAAUGCCAAGGAGCAUAUCCUGACGGAACUAGAAAACGAAAGCAGAGACACCAUCGCAGAGACCCUAGCCACCUUCCCCAACCAACUAGAAGCUGAUGAUGUGGAAGACUUCUUUAGCUUGGCCCAGUAUUAUGCCUCCAAGACACCCCAGUCAUUUAGAAGAGAUUAUCAGUCUAUUUAUGGUAGCAGCUUAAGUAAUUCCAAAGACUCGGUCAGUCCUGACCUGUCUGGCGCCCUCUGUCUUCAGGUCAACCCAUCAGAGUUGUUACAAGCAAUCCAACAGGGCCUGAAUGAGAGUGUAAGUUAUUUUGUCGUUGACUGUCGACCAGCUGAACAGUAUAACAGAUGCCACCUUGCCACAGCAUUCCACCUUGAUGCCGACCUGAUGUUGCAACAGCCCACAGAGUUUGCCAGCGCCGUCAAAGCCUUAUUCACCACCCAGAGGCAGGCCAUAGCAGCCGAGUCCAGGGCGGCCGGUGAACAUCUCUGCUUCCUGGGUAGUGGGAGAGAAGAGGAGGACCAAUAUCUACACAUGGUGGUUGCCAACUUCUUACAGAAAAAGACGCAGUAUGUUAGUAUUGUCGCCGGUGGUUUUACUGCAUUGUUAAAAUUAAUAGAGAAGGAGACAUCAUCAACGUCAGCUGACCAGUCGUUAAAGUCUUGCAUCAUAUCCCUGCCAGAGCUAGCAGGCUCUGAUGAUAGCGGGAUUGGUGAUUCUCCCCAGAAACUCUCAGAGAAGGGAGCAGCACUGAUGGGCCGACUCACCUCCACGUUCAAGACAAAGUCAGCAGAGAUGAAGGACCGAAUGGUGGAGUUCAUUAAAAACGAGGCUGUCAGUGAAGAAAGACAUGUUAGUAGUCUGGACACAGGGAAGAGAUACAGGGGCAACAAGGUGCAGAACGUGUUUAGCAUCGGGGAUGAAGACGAUGAAGCAGAUAGCUUUGGCAGCACAGCGUCAUCCGACGAGGAGAGGAAAGAGCUUGUCAAGACAGACACCUGGCUGAACAAACCAGACAUCCUGGCUGCCUAUCAGUGUCAGGAAGUCAAAGAUAACGGCCACACCUAUCCAAGCAAUAUGCUGGUCACCAAGACACAUCUCUACAUCCUACGAGACAAAGCAGACAGCAAGGGAUUCUCUUACAUCGUGGCCCGCCGAGCUCUCGGCGACGUUGUGCGCAUCACCUCCAAGAAGCGUUGCGCUGAGCUCAUCACCUUCCGCUACGGCAAGUACAGCAGUGAGGAAACGGACAUCUACGCGGUGGACCGGUUGUAUCUGCCUCAGGCCAGUGAGGCUACCAAACUGGUCAAGAGACUUAUCAUGGAUGUCCUGGAACCACCAAGCACUGCCGGAGAUGGCGCAGCAGCCAAGGCGGAGCCAGUCACGUAGCCUUCGACCUUUGAUCUCACUAGGUCUAAGGUCAAUUGAAAGGUAAUCUAACUGACAGAUUGAUAAUACACAGAGCCGGCCAAGAGAUUGGACAAUUGAGCCUGUCUGGCACUGUUGCAAAUGUAACCUCUGACCUAUAUUGCCAUCAGGUCAGAGAUCAAUGUAAAGGUAAUGCCACUGAUUAUUGAUAAAUACAGAACCAGCCAAUAAAUCAGAUAUCUGCCCUGCACUGCUGCAUAAAUGGACCUGGUUAUUUAACCUUUACCUUUGGUCUGAUCAGGUGAAAAGUCAGUUGACGGUAAAGUAAUUCCUAAGCAAAGUAUUAAUCUUGAAAGCCAUUAAGCCAAUCGGAGACUGAACGAUACUAGUACAGAUGGAAAUAGACCGGAGACUGGACCUCAUAACACACGUGUGUAUGAGGACAGGCAACGGCCUCGUGCUUCUAAUAUCUUAUUGGUUGCUAUGCGCCUUGGCUGUGCUGCCUCCUCUUUAGUUUGAUUGGCGUACUUCACCUGCACACGCAUGUGUCAUGCUUAACGCAGCACCCUAUUUGUACGCAUUUAGAUAUUUAAAUCGGGUAGACCCCUAGGUAAUACAUGUACCGGUAGGUCAAUCUGACAGUCAACUCACUGACUGAUAUCAGACUUUAAAUGACUGUCCACAAUAAUCUCUCAUGUCGACUCUGUGUUCAAACUAAUGUGGAUCUGGUCACAUAACCUUUCACCUUUGUUCUUGUCAGGUAAAAGGUCAAUAUAAAGGGAAGUCAUCAAUACAUUGAUUGAACCAGUAGGGGACAUUCAACUCCAACUAAUUCAUGGACUGUCUAACUUUGAAAAAGCAAUGUUGCUACAAUGUAUAGGGUCUGUCCAAACUGGUACAUGAAGAUUGUGACCUGUGACUGGAAUCAGGUCAAACAUUCAUUGUUAAGUUACAUGUGGACAGUAUUUCAGAAUAUGGAUGUGAAAGGCUGCUUAACAUGGCUGAGAUACAAUCUUGUAAGUAACUGCUUGAAAGGACAACACUUUUUCCACUUUAGAUGUCAUGGGGCUUUUUACUGCAGAAGAACAUUUGUUUUGAAUUGAGUUCAAAUUUUGGAAGUUAACAAACAUGUAGCGUGUUCAAAACACAUACUGAAACACUAUUAAAUAGUAAAAAUAAAUUUUGCACUCAAAUGUUA